AUGGUCCUUAAUGUCCCUUCUUUUUUCCUUCUCAUGCAGCGGUCCUUGUUGCUUCUCUUCGUCCUUCUGGGCUGGACCGAAGCCCGGCGGUUGUCCGGCGGUCAGCACCGCCAUCACAGCCACUGUAUCCGGGCGGACGAUCUCCAGGACGGAGAGGUGCCCACGGUCUUCCGGAGCCGGACCGCCCGGUGGGCUGACCAUCCGGCCGUCCAGCUGGUGCCCGUCCUGGAGAGCGAGCAGAGUGGACGUCGGCGGCACCGGCGGCACCACCACAAGGCCGGAUGCCCAAACCUCAAGCUGGUGAACACGCUCACCGCCGACGUCAACGAGAGGUCCAUCUCGCCUUGGAAAUACACCAUCAAGGAGGACGCCAACCGCAUCCCGCGCCAACUGGCCUUCGCCGAGUGCCUUUGCAAUGGCUGCAUCGACGGCAAGACUGGGCAGGAGACCACCGAGCUCAAUUCGGUGCUGGUGGAGCAGAACAUGAUGGUGCUGAAGCGCAAGCCCUGCCGGCACCCCGAGGACGACGCGGAAGGCUUUGUGUUCGAGACCACCUCCAUCAAAGUCCCGGUGGCCUGCGCUUGUGCCCUUGCCCGCAGCUGAGCCCAAUUUAGGUCUACGCCUCCCGCGCUCCCAUGGAGUCGGCGGCAGACCCGACCGAGACCCAACCAAGACUUGAAGUGUUAGUCUUGACCGUUGUGUUUGUUUUAAAGCACUUGCUUGUUUCCCUGUUGCCCCAUCCCUGUGUGUCCUUGCUCUUUAUCACUAGGAAGGUCUGCAUUUUCUCUCCUAAUUUGAUUGGAGUUGAAAAGAGGGUCCCAUCCGAAUUCCAAAAGGCAACGACAAAGAUGCCAAUAGUUCUCAAAAAUUGAAAGUCCUCAAAGCAGGGCUCAGAUGCCUUCAACAACUAUUAAAAAUACCGCCUGGGUUUCAUCAUCAUGGUUAUGAAUGCAUAACCUGGAGUUAUAUAUCCGUAACUGAUUCGUAUCCAUGAUCCCUAUGUAUGUAUCCAAAGGGUACACGUGGAUCAUAAAACCUAUGUAUGGGCAACCUCUAAUCCAGAAAAUGAGCAUCUCAAACGUUUUAGACACUUUUUUCUAGUUUGUCUAACACUACACAAUCUAUUUUUGCUAGAUAGCAGCUGCCGCGAGCGACUGAGAUCUGUUCUUCUACUGAUCGGAAUGCAAUGGAAAUUUUCUCUUUCCUCCCCAUGGAUGAUAGCCAGUGUGGUAUAGAUCCUGCUUCUGAUCAUUGGACCAUAUAUUAUGGAGCUUGACAUCCGUCUGAUGCUUCUCAAGCAAUAGGAGAACAGAACCUUGAUGCUUGCAGCACUGCUACCUGUCAAUCAGAAUCACCACUGAUUGUGCCAAUAGACCCCAGUUGAAUGGCUUAAUUAAAUGGCUAAUCUACCAUCUCGGCCAUUAUUUAAUCCAGAGGUAUUAAUUAGCAAUAACUACUUUUUAGAGCAUCCAGCCAUAUGUAGAAAUACGUAGGGAUUGUGGGAAAACUUUAGUUCAGAAACAAAAGAUUUCAAAAAUCUGGACACUGGUUUUCUAGACUAGAGUUAGCCCAUUUUGCUGGGCAGCUGCUGCUGUGAGUGAUGGAGAUCUCUUCUCCUGUCAAUCAGGAUGCAGUGGACAUUUCCAUUCCUCUUCCAUAAGCGAGUCCCAAUAAUACAGGGAUCCUUCUUCUAUCAUGGAUAGGAUUUGGGGUGGAAUCAUCAUUCUAAUUCAUUUAAAUCAAUAGGAGAACAGAGCCCUGUCAUUUGCAGCAGCUGCUGCCCAAUGAAAACAGAUGGCAGAGGUCCAGCGAAUUGAGACAUAACUUGGUAACUACAAUCUCAGCCAUUGUUUAAUUUGGAGUAUUCCCUCAGAGUUUUUAAUAAUUCAGGGAUCAGAACAGUCAUGCAUGGGGAAAACUUUAGUACAGGAAACGAAAAGAUCUCAAAAGUCUAGACGUUUUAGUUUUCUAAUGUUUGCUUGUAUAUUGUGCAAUCUUGUCUUAUUGGGAAGCAUUUGCAGCAAGUGGCAGAGAUCUGUUCUCCUAGGAUAAAGUAAAUUGACAUUUCUAUUGUAAUCGCCAGUGGGACAGAGAUGCUUCUUCUAAUUGUUGGACUAGAGAUUGUGGAUAAAAUUGGGGAAUAAACAUCAUUCUGAUGCAUCUCAAUCCAAAGGAGAACAGAGCUCCGUCGCUUGCAUCAGCUGCUGCCCUAUAAGGCAAGAUUGCCAAGGGAUACCACUUGAUUAAGUCUAUUUAACUAACUUGUAUACUUAAUUAAUUAAGCUACAAUCUCAGUAGUUGUUGCAUCUUUUCAAUAGCUGCUUUUUAUGGCAUCGAGUCAUAAAAGAUCUCAAAAAACAAUGCAAACCUUUCCGGAUUCAGAUAUAGAGCAAGUUAAAUUAUACUGAUUUCCCCCCUCCCUUUUAUUUAAAGACACUUUUAUUAUUUACGUAUUUAUUUAUUUAUUACAGUAUUUAUGGGUUGACUUCCCACCAAAAAAAAAGCAUAGCUGAAUGUAUUUUUUUUAAAAGCAUCCUCUCGUGUCCUUCCCUUUUCUUGCUUUUGACAUAAAUUUAUUAUUAUUUGUAUAUUUAUAUUAAUUUAUAUUUUAAAGUUAUUUAAAUGAUAUAUAAGUAUUCCCAGUGUAUUAAAUAUUUCUAAUAUAUGUGAGAUUUCCCGGUGCAUUAAAUUAUGAUUAUUAUUCAAUGUUAUUGUGUAUAUAUUAGAUUUCCCAGUGUAUUAAAUUAUUAAAAGAGACCCUAUUUUUUCCUGCUUAAAUUAUUAACUUAUUUAUGAAAA